AUGGACAGAGAGAUGAAGAUGGUCAGAGGAGAAUGGAGGGAUGAAGACAGUCAAAGGCGGAUGGACGAAAUUCUUUACUUUCAAACUACUAUAUUUACUGUGAUUCAUUGUACUUCUGUGUUUUGUCUGCAGCUGGAGAACUUUGUUCAGAGCAGCGUGAGACGUGACAUCACUCACAUCCCGUCACACUUCGUGCACAACCAGACCGCGACCAUGCUGGAGAUCGGAACCAACCUGCUGACGCACACGGCCGAGCAGACGCGCAAACUCAACGUGGUGGAAGCCAAGGUGCUGAACCACACGUCUCGGAUCGAGAUCCAGCUUCUGGAGAACUCUCUGUCCACAAACAAACUGGAGAAGGAGCUGCUGCUGCAGACGUCCGAGAUCAGUCGACUACAGGACAAGAACAGUCGUUUGGAGAGUAAAGUUCAGAUGCUGGAGUCUCAGCAGAGAGGAGAGCUGGAGGACAUGAAGGAGCAGAAGAACCGACUGCAGUCUGUCGUCAGGACUCAGAUGGCGGCCAUCGAGUCUUUGGAGAAGCAGCUGCGCGUUGCCAGCAGCAACAACACGGCUCUGCAGAGGCAACAGGCCCAGUUAAUGGAGUCUGUCCACACACUCAUCAACAUGGUGGCGAGUACCACAGCGUCUCCUCCGGGGAAUGACAGGUGGCGAGACUGUGCUGACGCUUACAAGGCCGGUCAGUCCGUCAGUGGUCUGUAUCACAUCUACAUCGGCAACAGAACUGAACCUGUGCAGGUUUACUGUGACAUGGAGACGAGCCGCGGAGGAUGGACGGUUUUCCAGCGGCGGUUUAACGGCACCGUGGACUUCCAGAGGAGCUGGAGGGAAUACAAGAUGGGCUUCGGAGACGUGUUGGGAGAGCACUGGUUGGGUAAUGAAGUUCUCUACCUGCUGACCACUCAGGGUCAGUACUCCAUGAGGGUGGAGCUGAGAGACUGGGAGGGAAACCCCGCCUACUCCCACUACGACCGGUUUACACUGACCAGUGAGAAGCAGCAGUACAGGUUGUUUCUGCGAGGCUACAGCGGCACAGCGGGGCGACAGAGCAGCCUCGCCAUGCACGGCAUCGGCUUCAGCACCAGAGACCAGGACAACGACAACUGUGACCACUGCAAAUGUGCCAUGAUGCUCACUGGAGGUUGGUGGUUCGACGCUUGCGGUUUCUCUAACCUGAACGGUAUCUACUACAAUGUUGGCCACAACAUCCGCAAACUUAACGGCAUCAAGUGGCACCACUUCAGAGGCCCCAGCUACUCACUGCGCUCCACCUCCAUCAUGGUACGGCCUUACGACUUCUAACAGCACCCCUCAGUCUUCAUGAUAAAACGACCCCUCGCCCUCACGAUGGUACAACCCUGUGGCUCACAGCACUCCUCCAAAGCAAAGACCUUCCUGAUCAUGUGACCAUCAGGGCCGAGGACCUGACAUCCACUGUGUUGAUGGUACCGUCCCACAGCUACACAGAAGCAAGGGUCUUGCUGCAGGGGUGGUCAAACAGGCAACUGCCUGGGGCCCCAGGCUGAAAGGGGGGCCAUGAAAACAGUUAAUUCUGGAUGUAUUUCUGAAAUCGUCCGGGGGGCUUUGUCUGAGGAUGCAAAUGUCCACGAAAGUCAAACUGGAAUUUGUCGGAUAACUUCUGCCAGAACUCAAAGCCAAAUUUCGGGAUUUUGGAUGUUCUCCUGUCAUUGUGAACACAUUUGACCUGGCCUAUCUUCUGCUGAUUUUCUGACAUAACCCAGAGUCUUUUUUUUUUUUCAGACACUUUCAGGAAUUCAUGUCGGACAACUUUAAUUGAUAGAAAUGAAAACUCCACCUUUUUGAAAACUCCACUUUAAAGGAAAUGCUAACAGCAAAGUUCUGUGUAAACUGUUAAUACAUAAACAGCAAAUUGAUCAGCCUUUGCUUUCAAUUGUGGGGUGGAAUUGAGGAUUUGGUCUAGUUUGAUGUCGGGCCCACAGGACCCUCUUGCCUUGGGCCCCCAAACUCCUUUGAAAUGUCUCCGAACUUACAGCGACAUCUCUAAGAUCUACUGUGGUAGAAACCAGACUUUAACAGACCCUGAGAAGCCUUCCCAUUAUCGUACACUACAGCAACCAGUUUGUCCAAAAGGUGUUAAAGGGCCAGUCUUACCUGGAAAUGUUGCAUUUGCCAACAGAACUAUCUGUGUGAAGACUUAAACUUGUGACAACAGUCCAACUGUGACACCAAGUACAAUGUGUUUGUAAAAAGCACAAAUCCAGGGUUCUAAGGUCGAGAUGUUUGACCAUCUGAUACAAAGCCACUGGCAGAAGUCCAUACCGCUUAUCAUUUUGAGGGUCAUGGGGGAAACUGGAGCCAAUCCCAACUGACAGUGGCUGAUAGGAAAUGGUACAUUCCACGAUAGGUCAUCACAAGUGUUGUGUUUCCUGCAUGCUCGGACCAGGCUCCGCCUGUCAAACUGGAUAUUGGGACAUUCUCCUGCUGUUGCGAACGCAACCAAUCGUCCAGAAACAGCCCGAUGAUUGGAUAGCGUUUCUGACUGUGAUUGGACGAGAAAAGACAACUCGCUCUUCUUUGACUCGUGACAUGUUAAAGCUGCACUGCAUGACCUUUGUUGAUGUUUUUGUGUUGUUGUCCGAUGUCGUUCGAUGUCGUUGUUCAAUGUCGUUGUUUGAUGUCGUUGUCCGAUGUCGGCUCACGUUAUGCUACGUGUCUUGCUGACAUGGCAAUCGAGGGCUUUACCAGCUUUACUGCCAGAAAAUGGACGUUGCAUCGUGUGUUUCUGAAGGCAGGACAUGUGUGUAAGAGAGAGAAAAAAACAAAAACUGUCCAAACAAUUAUGUGUCUGACACUGAGCAGAGACAGAAGAAAUAAUAAAAAUACAACCCAAUCAAGGUUUUAUGAUUUCCAGACUGUGGAGCACAGAACGAUUGCUUUAAUGAUUUUAUUUCCUUGUUUGUGUGUGUGAGUCUUGGCUGAUUCACACACACUUUCAUGGAUUUGACACAAACGUUCACGUUUCUAUUUCAUUCGAUGCAUUUAAUUGACAUUUUUAUCAUCUGAAAACUGCCCUUUUUAUCUUUGCCAGGGGUUUGUGCAGCAGUUGGUCCCACAGUGUGAAAACUGGACUGGUUUUGUUUGUUUAUGUGUGUGUGUGUGUGUGUCCAAAAAACGUAUCUU